UAAGCCUCACCGGGUGACAACACUCGUACAAAUAUAUGUUCGUGCUCGGCGUUUGAAGAUGGGUCGACGGGAACGUCAACUCUUCAGCAAUCUUGUUCCUUUGCACUCUCAACAUGGCGGCUCCUUUCAGUGCGCAAGCGCCCAACGACAUGCUCAAUUCGCUAACGGAGCAAGAAAUGAACGAUUUCCUAAGCGGCUUUGUCACAGACCGUGAUUGGCUAGAAAAUAUGCCCGCGUCGAUGCGAACCGACAGCAAUACCUACCAAGGCACACCUUCAACGCAGGAACAGAGCAGCCUAGUGAGCUCUCUGCCUCUCGCGGCGCCUUUUACUCCGCUUCAACCUCCCGGGGCAGUACAGUGCUUCGAGCAUGGCUGCAACGGUCGCGCCUUUUCAUGCGUUGAAAACUACCGUCGCCACAUUCGAGAACGAGAUCCGUCCAAGAGCGUUGCAUGCCCGUUUUGCUCGCUACGGUUCAGUCGCAAGAGCAAUCUCAAAGUCCACCUCGCCAAUGGGAAGUGCAAGGGCUUCCAGACGGAGGGAGAAGCUGAGCCGAGCUUGGACCACGGAGCUCAGGAGCUGGGCCGAAACCCGUGCGGCGACACAGUCGACACCGAUGAUGGGCACGAUCUGCACGCCACUCCUGCCGCCCACUGCCACCACCCGCACCCGCACACCCCCCCAAUGACAGCCACCUCUGGCACACACACGUACAUCUUGACAUGCAUCUACGUAAACCCGGACCAGAGCGUCUCCGGCGUGGGAACCAAUUGCAUACGCGAUUGCCCGCUGUUGGCGAUGCCUAGGCAGGUGGCUCUUCCAUGCAGGGACCGAUGAGCGAGCCAACGCGCCGGCGCGGCGUUCGGGGUUUCGUGCUACUCCGUGCUGUAUUGUAUGUAACUAGCUAGGUAGUCAAGCGUGACAAGCCAAACCGUCCGAAAUCAGCGCUCACCUCCGCGGCGAAUUCUGCCCGUCGUGCCGUCCUGUCCUGUCCGCACUCGCGCGUGGCGGCGCCUCCGCCCUUCAUUAUCGUCAGGCAUGCAGGAAAUUUCAACAGAUCUUUGCCAGCAAGUCUUGUGAAAAUGUAUCCUGGGUAGACCGAUCUGCAGGAUCCGCUGG